GGAGUGCUUUGCGGCUGUAAUGGCUGCCCCCGGCCAGCGUGGGGCUGCGCUCCUUCGUGCAGUGUUAGGGUUUUGGCAGCUGGGCCCCGUCGCCGCGAGGGAGUGGGCGACCCGGUUCCCGUCCCUCUUGGGCUGUCAGCGGAGGUGUGUGUCCUGUGUCGCGGGUGCCGCUUUCUUUGGUCCCCUCCUGGCCUCGGCUUCUAGGCGUUAUGGCCAGAACUCAGCCCUGGAUCGCUUCCUCGGACUCUCUCAGCCCGACAGUUUGUUGACUCCUCGCGUCCCCGCCGUGUCUAUGCGCAGAGAUGAGCAGGAGCUCCUCUUGGUCCAUCCCCCCGACAUGCCUGAGAACCCCCGCGUCCUACGAGUGGUCCUCCUUGGUGCUCCGAAUGCAGGGAAAUCAACACUCUCCAACCAACUGCUGGGCCGAAAAGUGUUUCCUGUCUCCCAGAAGGUGCACACCACUCGCUGCCAAGCUCUGGGGGUCAUCACAGAGGAAGAAGCCCAAGUGAUUCUACUUGACACACCUGGCCUGAUCAGCCCUGUUAAACAGAAAAGGCACCAUCUGGAGCUCUCUUUGUUGGAAGAUCCAUGGAAGAGCAUGGAAUCUGCUGAUCUGGUUGUGGUUCUUGUGGAUGUCUCUGACAAGUGGACUCGGAACCAGCUCAGCCCCCAAGUGCUUCAGUGCUUGACCCAGUUCUCCCAAGUCCCCAGCAUCCUUGUCAUGAACAAGGUAGAUUGCCUAAAGCAGAAAUCAGUUCUCCUGGAGCUCACGGCAGCUCUCACUGAAGGUGUAGUCAAUGGCAAGAAGCUCAAGAUAAGACAGGCCUUCCGCUCACAGGCAGGCAUACAUUGCCCCAGCCCAGCAGCUAAGGGCCCAAACACACAGUCUGUUGGAGGCCCUCAGAGGAUUGGCUGGCCCCACUUCCAGGAAGUCUUCAUGUUGUCAGCCCUAAACCAGGAGGAUGUGAAAACACUUAAGCAAUACCUCCUGGCACAGGCCCGGCCAGGACCCUGGGAGUUCCAUAGUGAAGUCCUCACUAGCCAGACACCUGAGGAGAUCUGCGCCAACAUCAUCCGAGAGAAACUCCUAGAGCACCUGCCCCAGGAGGUGCCCUACAACGUGCAGCAGAAAACAAUUGUGUGGGAGGAAGGGCCAAAUGGGCAGCUGGUGAUUGUCCAGAAGCUUCUGGUGCCCAAAGAAUCUCAUGUGAGGAUCCUGAUUGGUCCGAAGGGGCACCUGAUCUCCCAGAUUGCAGAUGAGGUGGGUCGCGACCUGAUGAACAUCUUUCUCUGUGAGGUGCAGCUACGCCUCUCUGUGAAGCUCCUCAGUUGACCACCUUCUGCAAUGCCUUCAAAG